UCUGAGGGCGUCACAGUCACUGUACACAUAAUUAGAAUCUCAAAGGAGUGCAAAGGCUAAAUAAAUCAUUCCAUCUUGAGUUGGGGAAAAUCCCGCGAGAAGUGCUUAAAUUUGAGGAAAUUCACAGUGAAAAACAGAAUCUCUUUGAACAUUCUCUGUGGAUUAUCUCUCCCUCUCUUUUAACAAGACUUUAUGAGAUACUGGAGUUUUUUGAAAAGUCAAAGAUGAUCAAUGUUAAAAUCUGCACUUUGUGCUUCCUCAUAAUGGGUGCCUUCAUCAUCGAGACAGAAUCAGUGAGUUGCUGCCUCAGGUACACUAAACGGCCAAUACGUUGUGGAAUUCUGAUAGGCUACGGCAUCCAAGGCAUCACUCGCAGCUGUGACAUCCCAGCAAUUAUCUUUCACACGGAGAAAGGAAAAUCAAUCUGUGCUGAUCCAGCACAACGUUGGACGCAAAACAGAAUCAUCUGCCUGAAGAUAAAAGCAGAAUAUGUGAAGACUGGAAGUGGCUGAGAACACAAAAAUGAAGCCUGCAAAUUAUUUUUAUAUUUUAUUUUUAUAUGAUAAACUCUUUAAUAUUUAUCAAUAAAGAACAGGCUAUUGCAAAUUGCAAAUAAGAGAUUUUUAUCCUUAUUCUUGCAGAAUAUUUGCAAGAAAAAACAUUUAAAAAGGCAUCUCUUUGUGUGCUAUAUAUAUUUUUUUACAUAAUAAAAUAUUUUACAGUUAAUUUUCAGAGAGUUUUUAUCAAUGUUUUACUACAAUUCAGUUCACUGAUGUGUACUAAUUAAAAUAUCAAAAUAUUUAGAUCUAGAAAAUAUUAAAUUAUAAAAAAUGAUAUAAUAAAUAUGAUUGUACUCUGUAAGUUUAAAUAAAACGUUUUUUGUAAUCUCUCUUGAGGAACUAUGGUCAGUGCUGCCCUCUUCUGUUCAAGCUAUGACACACAAGCUUGUAUUUUUCCCUCUACAUAAAAUUGAAUACCUAUUUAAUACAAUUACAUUGAUCAAUUAUUUUUGUUUUCUAUUACAUUUUGUUAAUAUGUUUUGUUGUUGUAUUUUGUAACAAAGGCCCUUCAUUAACAGACUGAAUAAAAGAUUAAACUAGAGGAAAUCUUUAAGAGGGUGUAAAUUUGUGCUUAACACAAUAUUGCCAAUUUAUGAGCUGUUUUUACAAGUAAGGUCCAGGCUCACAAGUCGAUAUGAGCGCUUUUAAUAAAUAAUAGAGGAAAUAAAAUAAAGAGGAUUUUAUUGUCUAGACAUACUUCCUUCUCCCUCUAGUGCUUUAUUCAUUCUCUAACAUUUCACCCAGAGAACAAGAAUAGCUCAUGGCAGAUUUAAAUUAUUCAAUAACACACAAAGUAGCUAUAUAUGAAUGCGACUUAUUCUCACGAGCAACAGGUAUAGCUGCAGUUCACUAAACGCUUGGAGGUGUCAUUAAUAACAAGGGUUUCUGAAUCUUUACUGCACCUUUAAGAAUACAAAUAUAAGCGUAAUAACGUUUUUGUGGGUAGCAGCUCAUGUGGGAGUGUAGGGUAAUGAUUUUUUGAUAAACUAGCUAAAAAAGCACUAAAGCAAACGGAUAUGGACAGACAAGUAACACUCAUUAUGGAAGAGAUUAAAGGAAAGGUGAAAGUAUAUGUUAAUAAUGAAUGGCAAGAAGCAUGGAACAGUGAAUCUAAGGGCAGACAUUUAUAUAAUAUUCAGCGACAAGUAGGCAAUAUUUUAGUUAGAAUAGUUUAAAAUAACAGGAAGGAAGAUUCAGUUAUCACUAGCAUCCAAAUAGGUCAUGGGCUGAAUCGUUCAUUACGUAAAAUAGGGAAACAGGUAAUAAUUGUGGUCAAGCUUUUACAUACUUUGUAAAUGUUAUUACAUGCUCUAUUAUCUCUGCUUGACCACAUUUAUUACACUGUCCUGUUUCCCUAUUUUACAUAAUGAACGAUUUAUGGGGGACAAAACAUGCAAAAAUAAUAAAUAAAUACAUUAACAAAAAUGUAUUAAAGUUAUUCCUGAAUUUAUUUUUGUAUGACUUUUUUCCUUUAUUUAUUAUUUUCUCUUUUUAUUUAUUAUUUUGUCUUUUUAUUUGUAUUCUUUCAAACUUUUUUUAUUCUAUUUUAUUAUUAUUUAUUUAUGCAUUCAUUUAUUGUUAUAUAUAUUUAUUCCCACAUUUAUUUAUUUUUGUAUUUAUUCUUACAUUUCUGUCUCUUGUAUGAUAAUUAUGUGGGCGGGUCCUGCUUACCAUUGGCUUAUUGUAGAUUGAAGGGUGUGCUCGAUUCCUCUUGACUUGUUUUGAUGUGAAGUUAGGUCAUAGCCAUAUUGUGUAAACUAUAGCUAUUAUAAAAACAUAAGAGCUUAAGUCAAUCCAAGAUUUAUUGGUUAUACUAAAAUCACAAAAUAAAUGGGGAGCUGUUUCUUCAACAAAUGCACAAAAUGAGCAAGUUUCAUAAAUGAUAUGAUUUAACCUUAUGAUUUUCUUUUUUUUUUCUUCUGUGUAUAUAACAACAUAUUUUGAUGUAUGCAAAUCCAUACUAUUGAUUUCUGUUGUUGUGAUUGUUCAUUGUAAAUGAUACAACCAUGCUUCAUUUCCCUGAUCGUUUAUGUAUGUAUGUAUAUAUAAGUUCUGCAAUAAAACAAAUAAAAUAAAAUAAACUAUAGCUGACGCUUCACAUAUAUCUAGAUAGUUGUGCAACUUGCGAAUGAAGUCGAUAACCACACAUCAAAUGACUAUGUUGAUUUAGAGUAGAGGUGCUUAUUGAUGUUUUAGGAGAGCUG